CGGGAGCGCCCCUCCUCCUCCCGGGGCCGCCGCAGGCUCGGCGAGCCGCCUUCCCCCUCCGGCCGGCAGGCUGGGCGCGCAGGGGCGCGGGCCCCCGCCGGGCGCGCAGCGGCACCAUGGGCACGGUGCUGUCCCUGUCCCCCAGCUACCGGAAGGCCACGCUGUUUGAGGAUGGCGCGGCCACGGUGGGCCACUACACGGCCGUGCAGAACAGCAAGAACGCCAAGGACAAGAACCUGAAGCGGCACUCCAUCAUCUCCGUGCUGCCCUGGAAGAGGAUCGUGGCGGUGUCGGCCAAGAAGAAGAACUCCAAGAAGGUGCAGCCCAACAGCAGCUACCAGAACAACAUCACGCACCUCAACAAUGAGAACCUGAAGAAGUCGCUGUCGUGCGCCAACCUGUCCACCUUCGCCCAGCCCCCACCGGCCCAGCCGCCUGCGCCCCCGGCCAGCCAGCUCUCGGGCUCCCAGACCGGGGUCUCCUCCUCGGUCAAGAAGGCCCCGCACCCUGCCGUCACCUCCGCGGGGACGCCCAAGCGGGUCAUCGUCCAGGCGUCCACCAGCGAGCUGCUGCGCUGCCUGGGCGAGUUCCUCUGCCGCCGGUGCUACCGCCUGAAGCACCUGUCCCCCACGGACCCCGUGCUCUGGCUGCGCAGCGUGGACCGCUCGCUGCUUCUGCAGGGCUGGCAGGACCAGGGCUUCAUCACGCCGGCCAACGUGGUCUUCCUCUACAUGCUCUGCAGGGAUGUUAUCUCCUCCGAGGUGGGCUCGGACCACGAGCUUCAGGCCGUCCUGCUGACCUGCCUGUACCUCUCCUACUCCUACAUGGGCAACGAGAUCUCCUACCCGCUCAAGCCCUUCCUGGUGGAGAGCUGCAAGGAGGCCUUUUGGGACCGUUGCCUCUCUGUCAUCAACCUCAUGAGCUCCAAGAUGCUGCAGAUCAACGCAGACCCGCACUACUUCACACAGGUGUUCUCCGACCUGAAGAACGAGAGCGGCCAGGAGGACAAGAAGCGGCUGCUGCUCGGGCUCGAUCGGUGAGCCUCGGAGUCGCAUCAUGGCUCAAGGAUUCAAUUCAUUUUUAAAAAUUUAUUAUCAAAUCAGAGUUUUGUGUAUGUGUCUAGCAAAGCCACCAAGGGCCUCUCCCUUUCCCACGCGCUCUCCUUGGGGUUCUUUUCCGCCCUGCAAGAACUCUGGGGACCUUUGAACCUCGAAGGUUGUACAGACCCAGAAGAUGUGCUCGGAGCCGCCCCGCGCUGACUCGCACUCUCCCGGAGGCUCCUGCCGCCUGCGCCCUUGCUGACCCGGGGCCGGGCGCCCCACCGCCCCCGCUGGGAGCUGGUGAGGGGCCGCUGGCCGGCGGGCGCAGGGAGGAAUCGGGGUUUCUGGCAACCGGUGUGGGUGGUUCCUUCUCCUUGGGGCUCCUAGAGCCGGCCACCCUAAGGCUCGGAGCGGGUUAUGAGGCAAGAGCCCUACUGCCUGGGACAUCUUCAAUCAAGGAGGGGCCAAGUGGGUCUCCUGCCGAGACUGAGGCGGUCAUUUGACCAUGCACGGCCCUGGUUUGCUGUGUUUUUGUUUUGUUUCGUUUUGCUUUAGGGAGGGCUUUCCUAACGAGAAAGAGAGCUCACCCCCUGCCUCUUGACCACUGCUCCCAGCUCCCGUGUUAGUACUGGCUGGUUGGUUUCAUUAGGAUCUCUCCUUUUGGGUCCCAGCUGAAAGAAUGGGGUGAAGCUGGGGACAGCUCCUUUCCCGGGUGAUUUCUUUUCAUUUGAAUAAUGCAGCUUAGCAUUGAGAGCCGGGACAGUGGCAGAUGCCCCUUAGCAGCAGGGUCCAUGCCUGAGAUCAAGCUGGUGCCCACGAGUGCUAAGGCCUCUUGCUGGUGCACGUGGCAUUUGUCCUACUGAGCUGGGGGCAAGGGGAGAUCAGCUCUAGGGCUGAUGUAAUGGCGAAUCCCACUGCUACCCCUUGUUUCGUAGGAUUCAUUUAACACUGUUUCCAAACAGUUCAGUUUCUUCUGGAGAGGAAGCCUUGCUUGCAGGGCGCAGUGAGACAGCUGGAUCUUGGAGACAAAGACAGGAGCUCGACUCCUGAUUGCUUUGGAAGCUUGGUGAGCCUACAGCAGAGCCCUGGCAGCUGCUGGUUUCGGUGUCCACCUUAUUUUAGUGGCUGUAAAAACACAUGAUGUAUAUUUUACUGAUUUUCUUUCUGAUUCUCUCAGACUGCUGGCUUGGGGCUUGGGAGAGGUCCAACAGAAGGGAACGAGUCUUCCUGCAUGGCCCCACUCCGGCUUUGGGGAACAAAGAGCGAUGUGAAGAUGCUACAGAGGAUUCUCUCUCUCUUCUAGUCCCAGUGCCCGGGGGGCGCUGGAAUGGGGGCUAGGGUCUGGGAGGCAGAGGUCACUUUUCAAAGGAGUAGGUUCUAGGUGGCGGCUGACUUCUGCACAAGCACUACUGAAAUUCACAUACAAAAGAGAAAGCUGUGAAAUUGAGGUCCUCACUGCAGAGACCCAGAGCAGAGCUUUUUAGCCGAGGUGUUCCCGGGGACGGGGAGGGGCCGCUGGGGCCGGAGAGCCUCUCCCCAGCCGCUCUCAAGGCCCGGGCAGAGCCGUUCCCGGGACCGACAGAUAACCGGAUACGGAGCUCGAAGGCACCUGCGGCUGCUGGCACAGACUUCACCGCAGCCCCCUCCGCCGGUUUCCACGCAGCCCGUCUUCCGACCCUGCUGCCACGUGCGCGCUGAAGGGGGCGGCCGUGGGGUCCCUCGGCGUGGAAGCGGCCCUCCGAGUGCCGCGACUGCAGGGCGGGCGCAUGCUUGUGGUCUGGUCCGUUCAGCUGGCGGAGCCUGCCUGGAACCGUGCCAGCCACAGGAUUCCAGUUUCGUGUCUGUUUCCUUCGCUUUCUCUGUAUUUAUUAUGAUUAUUUUUUUACGUUUUGGAGGAGGUGCACAUUUCAGGAUUGGUGAAGGACUAAGGAAGCAAUCUAGUUCCAUCAGUGUGAAGCCUCUCCCCUUGCACUGGUCGUCAGUAUUGUGUAAAGGAACAGCUGAUAUACUUGAGUGUGCAGACUGAGUGUGCAAGCAAUGAACCCAUUUGACAUGCUGCUAUGAAGACUACUUUUAGAACAACAAAAAAAGAAAAAAACUAACCUACAAAAAAAAAACCCUUUAUUCUUUAAUUGUUGCUUUUACAGUGAUAUUGUGCAUGCAAACCAGGAGCAUUUUGUGUCUUAAGAAAAAUAAUCUUAGAACAGAUGGCUGUGAAAAUUAUACCCAUGCACAGAACAAGCCACAGGAAUAAUAGUUCAGGAUUUGAUUUUUCUCUUUUUCUUGUAAACCUGAAGGGUUGAUAUAUUCUUUCCAGGCAGUUAUUAGAAUUUAGUUUUGUUCCAACAGUUGUUAAAUCUGCAAUGAAAAGAAAAUGUGCCAUUUUUUUUCCUGGGGUUAUUCAUAGCUGUAUAUUUGAAACUGCUAAUUACACACUUGUGAUGUAUGUUGGUUUUUUUAGUGCAAUUUCUUCUGUAGCUAUUCUUUGACCAAACUGUGGGUAUUGUUAAUAUUAAUUUAUAUCUGUCUUAUUUUGUAUGUAUGUAUAGCGUGUUUCUGAGUAUGUGUGGUUUAUAAUCUGACAAAGUCACGAAGCUCAGUUUGGCUGUAAUUUAAUUCCCCUUCCCUUAUUUUUAUUUAUUUUUGUACUGUGCUGAUUCAAUAAAAUGCACUGACCAUCCAUUA